AUGAGUUCAAUCGCUCAAAAAGGCCUUUUGGCCUUAUCAGUAGUCUUUAUUCUGGCCGGAUUAGGAUUAACAAUAGCCGGAGUAUUUUCUCCAGCUUGGCAAGUUGUUGAUAUUCGGGAAUUCCGAGCAGAACAUCAGCACGGCUUAUGGUGGGAUUGCAUCCGAGCCGAAAAACAUGUAGUUGCAGUAGGUGAUUUUUACGAUGAAACUCCACUACAUUGUAUGUAUAAGUUCGAUAACUCAGCUGAAUUGGUUAUUGAAAACACGUUGAAUAAUAUCGACGAAGAUGGAGCAGCCGGUGAAAGCGAGCACCAUCGAUUUUGGGCUUGGCAUAAAGCGAUUCUAUUCUUCAUUAUUACCUCACAACUUCUUGCAUUUCUUUCCAUAUGUACAGGAGUAUGUGCUCCAUGUUUUCCACCUACUGCCUUCGUAUUCACGAUCUCACUUUUUAUUGCAUUGAUAUGUUCACUUAUCGCUGAUGGAGUCUUCUUUUUGGCUGCGAAUCGUGUCGAUAAUCGAUUCGUACAAGGAAUGGUUGGCACGUACGAGCAACGUAUUGGCUAUGCGUUCUAUCUGCACAUUAUGGGCACCGUUUGCUGGGUUCUGGCAUUCAUUUGCGCCAUAACCACCACAUACAAAUUCGUUAGCGGUGGUGAUGCACGUGGAAGCAAGGAAAACCUAUUCACCUGGCAAUCGCAGCGAGCCGCCACGCACAACAUCCAUGAGUUACGAGUACCACGUGAGGAACCGUUGCUCUCCAAAUAUCCACCACCAUCAUCAUCGCAACCGUAUCGGCCGUCACCACAACCAGCGUUUAGGCCAUCGCCAAUUGUGCCGAAUUAUCGAGAAACAAGUGCCUAA